CUUACUCUAGGCCAUCAAUGAACGAAGUGUUAAAGUAGAGAGAGCUAAGCCCGAACAGGCGUGGACGCACACUAGAUCAGAGCAAGUUUAGCUAGUCCAAUGGCACAAACACCUACUAGGAUGAGGCAUAGCAGGAAUUGAACCCACAUCUCAUUGAGAAAUAGAACUACGACUCAACAUAAGGCGAAGAGAUUUGCUCACAAUCAAAGGAUGGAUGCACCCGUCGGCCUCAAAUGGACGAGACAGAGCGCAAUUUAGGGGGGCGAAAACUCAAAGAUGUGGAGGUCUAGACAAGGCUAGAGCCAAGCAUAAAGAUGGAUCCGGGGAGGGAGAUGGGGGCGGUGCCGCGGAAUGCGUUGCGCUUGGUGAUGCAGUACACCGAGCAUCACCCUCGGUUGUGUAUGCGGUGUUGGACUUAGGGACUCUUGAACUUGAAGAUGGGAUUGUACCUGUCGACUGAACGAUGGGAGGAUAAAUCCUUUUAAGGGCGCCUAUUUACUAACCUAUUUUAUUGCGCUUGCUUGGCUUUCUCUUACCUUCGCUUCACUUGUCCCAUAUACUUAGAGCAAGAGGAAUUGGGUUGGUGAACAAUGAAUCCACUUGCACUUACUUAUUUUAGUGGUAGUUCGAGCUCGCUUCUCAUACCCUUAUUGCUACUGCUUGAGUAAACUUUCUGUCCCAAGCCAGUUAAAAAACUACAAGCGUAGGCUUUUCUUAGAGCUGAGAAAUUACAGGGCAAGCCUUUUUUUCAGCUGAACAAGAAAAAAAAAAGAUAUGAUAUAGAAACAGCCCUAGCAACAGCAAGGAGUAAUAUCUCAUCUUUCAACAGAAGGAAAGAACACUAGAACACCCUGUCUACCCCCUAAAAAAACUUCUGCUAUUGAAGAAAUCAGAAAAGAUUGGUUCGCCUCCUUUAUCCCCAGUUUAGAAACCUGCCCGGCACGGAAAUGAGAGAUUUCAUUCGGAGACUUCUACUACUGAGUGUUCAGCCUAGUUUUACUCUGUCGUCGUUCCCGUUUCGUAGGAAUAGAGUAGUCAAAGUAAUUGUGCCUAUCACUGUUGGCCGCCAAGAGUCACUCAAUGCUUUAGUACUACACUACUCAGCUUGUUAUAGUUCAUUAGUGGUCUAAAGUCUAAUCCUUCUUAUCCGGCAAGCAAGCAAGGAAACUAGCUCUUGCCAUCCCUUCUAAUCGCCACCACACAAGCUAUGAUAUAAUCUGUUUAUACCUCACUCAGUUUAGUCAGAUUAUGCUGGAAGAUAUGGUU